CCUUUACCGGAAGGCUUAAGGCUGUAAAGGUGUCCUGGUGACAAAAGUGAACCGGUUUUGCAGGAUGAGCACUGUGACCGAAGAAGUUAAGCCAGAAGAUGGCAAACCGGAAUCUGAAAAAAAAAUAUUUUAUUGUGAAGUUUGUAAAGUUCCAUGUAUGAGUUCUAUAAGUCUUCAGUCACACUAUCGUGGUGCAAAGCAUAGAAAGAAAGAGAAAGCCCUGAGACCCAAGACUGUCUAUUGUCCUCCAGCUCCAGUCCGAACUCCGAUGAAGUAUGAAACACAGAGACCAGUGAAGAGAGGACUCACAAAGGACAUAACCUGUCUGAAGGAUUUUAUGAAUGAUCCCAAAAGAGAAGAACCUCUAGUUGUGAAGAGAGGACUCACAAAGGACAUAACCUGUCUGAAGGAUUUUAUGAAUGAUCCCAAAAGAGAAGAACCUCUAGUUGGUUUAGAACACGUGGUUGAAAUCAGAUUUGAAGGAAGAAAAGAGCCGCAUUAUGAGUGCAAGCUGUGUGGGUUUAAUACAGAGAUGGCACCUAUGAUAGAACAUCUUAGCGGAUAUAAACACAGAAGAGCAUACAUUUCUAAAGAAUUUCCAGAUAAAAUGAAGAGAAAGACAACAGAUGUAAAAGAAUGCAAAGUCUCAUUUCUCAGACGGAUAGCAGGAGAGCUGGAGAAGACUGAAGGAUUAAAAAUGUAUAAGAUUGAAGGUUACAUAAGACCAAGUACCUCACCCCCAUCAAAGAAGAAAGCAAGGUGGGAAGAUGAUUAUAAGCGUGAGAAUGAUCCUGUUCGGAAACAGAAGGCUCUAGAGUUCUUGGAGACUUUUCACAUCACCUCAGACUCAGAAGCAACACUUGUUGUUCAUAUUACACAGGAACUCACAGAAGCUUUGAAGGCCUUUUGUGAAAAAAAAGCAGCAGUUAAUUAUACUAACAGUCUGAGGCCACUGAUGUCAAUAUCUCAAGGUGAAUUUCCAGGAAGGAAAAGCAUCCCAAAACACUAUAAGCCAUAUGGAAAAUCCAAAGGAAAUUCUAACUGGAAUCAAGGUUUUUUGUCUCAGUAUGAAGAGUGUUCUGCAGAUGCUUCUUUUGCUCCUGCUAACUCAUACAGUUACCAAACAGAUGAUGGAUCAUCUUCCUAUGGACUAAGAUCUAAUGACUCUGCAAUGAUGUCUGCACUCAGGGACUCUUUUGCUCUUCAGACUGGAAGUCCUGCCGGUGGUAUCAGUGAAUGGCUGAGACUGUUCAACCGAUCUGCUUCUGGCAGUAAUUCAGCUGGUGGGGCCUCUUCCUAUGAGACAAGUCCAGUGAGUGAGUACUCAGCAGAAUAUAUGUCCAACGAUGUGCGAGGAAAUAAGCUCCCUGAUAACAGAAUCUCAUAUGGCGGGGAAAGUACAAAUUGGAGGAAUCAACAAGCAUGUUCAAAAGCGAGGAGUAUAAGUGAUCAAGGAUUACCCUAUCCCAAUUCUUCUGCCUCAUAUCCUUCAUCUGGAAGAUACUCCGCAAACUAUCCUUCGCAAAGCUAUUCCUCUUAUAAGAAUGAUGAGCCUGUGAAUACUUGUACAUCUUCUGCAAAUUCUGCUGUUUCAGGAAGAGGUGGCUCCAGGUGGCACCAGGACUCUGGGUGGAACGAGGACUCUAGGUGGAACCAGAGCUCUAGCUGGAACCAGGAGUCUAGCUGGAACAAGGACUCUAGCUGGAACCAGGAAUCUAGGUGUCGAGGAUUCAGGCAUCAGAAGUCAGGCUACAAGAGUGAUUGGGGUUCACAUCAGUACUCGUUUUCUGGCAGUGGUUCGUACAGAGAUUACCAGCAAUUCAGAAGCUCAGAUAAGAUGUUUGAUGAAGAUGCUGUUGGUCUUACUCCCAACAUUUUGAACAGACUACGGGGAAAGGAUAUACCUACAAUGACCAGGAUGCUCAAACAGUUGGCUCCAUAUUAUCCAGCACUUCAAAAACUAAAUAUUCAGACAUUAGUCAAUGUGCUAGUAGAAACUAGAGGAAAAGAUUAAGGAGCAACAACAGCUGAACUGGAAACAGAUGAACAGAUUCAAGAAUCUCCAUCUCUUGGCUUUCAGGAAAGAGACUGCAUUUAGUUCUGUGUUUGACUGGUUUUGGAAGGGGAAAGGGGGGUAGGGUUUAAUUUUUUAACAUGUGAAAUAUAGCUGGAACACAAACUUGCACAUAACGGAGGUGAACAUACUAUUUUCUUUGGGCUUUUUUAAUGUAUUUGUUAUAUCUUAGUAUAUUACAGAAAAGAUCUUCUGUUAUUUUUUAAAAAUAUGUUAAUGUUAUUCUGUCAGCAAAAAGCUAAUAGCCCUUUUAACACCCUUCCCAACUCAGAAAAAAAGAAAGGUUUGCUUUUAUCUACUUAGGAAGACUAUUCACUGAAAAUACAGGUCCGUUGCAUGAAAACACAGGUUUACUUUUCUUCACACAAA